AUGGGCUCGGUGGGCAGCCAGCAACUCCAGGAGCCCAGCGUGGCGAGCACGCCGCACAGGAGCGUGGUGAUGAGCUUCAGCUUCGACAGCGGCCAGCUGGAGGAGGUGGUGGCAGGGGUGGCCCAGGCCCAGGGCAGUAGGGCCAGGGGCAUCCCGAUUUCCACGGACUCUGAUAUAGAUGAGCCGGUGCCUGAUGACCGCUACCACGCCAUCUACUUUGCAAUGCUCCUGGCUGGUGUGGGCUUCCUGCUGCCGUACAACAGCUUCAUCACCGACGUAGACUACCUGCACCACAAGUACCCAGGGACCUCGAUCGUGUUUGACAUGAGCCUCACCUACAUCCUGGUGGCGCUGGUGGCUGUGCUCCUGAACAACGCGCUGGUGGAGAGACUGAGCCUGCACACGAGGAUCACCGCGGGCUACCUCUUAGCCUUGGGCCCCCUCCUCUUCAUCAGCAUCUGCGACGUGUGGCUGCAGCUCUUCUCUCGUGACCAGGCUUAUGCCAUCAACCUGGCUGCGGUGGGCACCGUGGCCUUCGGCUGCACAGUGCAGCAAUCCAGCUUCUACGGGUACACGGGGAUGCUGCCCAAGAGGUACACGCAGGGGGUGAUGACGGGGGAGAGCACGGCGGGCGUGAUGGUCUCCCUGAGCCGCAUCCUCACGAAGCUGCUGCUGCCCGACGAGCGGGCCGGCACGCUCAUCUUCUUCCUGGUCUCCGCGGGCCUGGAGCUGCUCUGCUUCCUGCUGCACCUGCUGGUGCGGGGCAGCCGCUUCGUGCUCUACCACACGGCGCGGCCCCGCCCCGGCCGCAGGGCCGGCUACCGCGUGCACCACGACGUGGCCGCCGAGGACGUGCACUUUGAGCACCAGGGCCCAGGCCUGGCCAACGGCGGGUCCCCGAAGGACAGCCCAGCCCACGAGGUGACCGGCGGCGGCGGAGCCUACACGCGCUUUGAUGUGCCUCGGCCGAGAAUCAGGCGCAGCUGGCCCUCCUUCCGAGCCCUGCUGCUGCACCGCUACGUGGUGGCCCGCGUCAUCUGGGCGGACAUGCUCUCCAUCGCCGUGACCUACUUCAUCACGCUGUGCCUGUUUCCGGGUCUCGAGUCCGAGAUCCGCCACUGCAUCCUGGGCGAGUGGCUGCCCAUUCUCAUCAUGGCCGUGUUCAACCUCUCUGACUUCGUGGGCAAGAUCCUGGCGGCGCUGCCCGUGGAAUGGCGGGGCACGCACCUGCUGGCCUGCUCCUGCCUCCGUGUGGUCUUCAUCCCCCUCUUCAUCCUGUGCGUCUACCCCAGCAGCACGCCCGCCCUCCGCCACCCAGCCUGGCCCUGCAUCCUCUCCCUACUCAUGGGCAUCAGCAACGGCUACUUCGGCAGCGUGCCCAUGAUCCUGGCGGCGGGCAAAGUGAGCCCCAAGCAGCGGGAGCUAGCAGGGAACACCAUGACCGUGUCCUACAUGACGGGGCUGACGCUGGGCUCGGCCGUGGCCUACUGCACCUACAGCCUCACGCGGGACGCCCACGGCAGCUGCCCCGACCGCUCCGCCGCCAACGCCUCCUUCCCCGCUGGCCUCUGAGCCAGGCCUGGGCCCCCAGCCCUGCCCAGGGAGGGCUGCCGGGGCCCUUCCCCACCC